AUGCCCUAUGAGCCCCUUCCCUCACUCUUCCCGAUCACUCUCGAGGAGGCGGAGGAGGAGGAGGAGGUGGUCGCACCUCCUGCUAUGCCCUAUGUCCCUACCUCGGUCCCCACCCCUCCUCCGCCUUCAGUCUACCCGCCUUCUUCCUCCUCACCCCCCUUGGCUUCCCCUAGUCCUCCUGGUAUUCCAUCUCCCCUUCCACCCUCCAUCCCUCCUGCACCUGCUCCGCCCUCCUCUUCGUCUUCCAUGGCGCCGCCCGUUGGUGGGGGGGGGAUGGAGGUGCCACCGUCUGUGGAGAUCACCGACGGGCAGCGCCUUGAGACUGAGCAGCUGCAGGACGAGAGCAGUAUGGAUGGAGUACAGCAGACAGGGGAGCAGCAGAUUGGGGAGCAGCAGAUAGGGGAGCAGCAGAGUGGGGAGCAGCAGAUAGAGGAGGAGCGGAUUGAGGAGCAGCAGAUGGUGGACCAGCAGCUAGGGGAGCAGCAGACAGGGGAACCGCAGACAGGGGAGCAGGAGAUGUGGGGAAUUAGAGAUGGUGGUCGUGUGUUGGUUUCUGGGACGACCACUGCACCAGUGCGUCGCUCCACUCGCAUCACUCGUGGUGUCCCGCCUGUGUGUGCAUGGUCCACCAAAUCAUGUGUGAAGCAGCACAAGGAGCUGACCACACCACGAAUCCCCUCCUGGGUGGCAUAUGACAUCAUGACAGCCAGCUCUCAGCAGUUUGGUCAUAUCGUCAUGCUAUCCCCUUCAUCUCAUCAUGCAUGCUAUCCCCUUCAUCUCAUCAUGCAUGCUAUCCCCUUCAUCUCAUCAUGCAUGCUAUCCCCUUCAUCUCAUGAUGCAUGCUAUCCCCUUCAUCUCAUCAUGCAUGCUAUCCCCUUCAUCCCAUCAUGCAUGCUAUCCCCUUCAUCCCAUCAUGCAUGCUAUCCCCUUCAUCCCAUCAUGCAUGCUAUCCCCUUCAUCCCAUCAUGCAUGCUAUCCCCUUCAUCCCAUCAUGCUGUUCCCCUUGGCAACAUACAUAAACCUCGUGCACCAACCAAGUGUUCUUCCUCCCUAUCAUGGAUCCUCCUUCUCUUCCCACCAUCACCUUGA